AUGUCAGCGAUCCUCAUGUCGCACCCAUCAUCCAGCCCGAGCAUGGCGUACGACCCGUACUAUAACUCUUCCUCCUCGUCCUCCUCGUCCUCUUGCUACGACUACUCGUCCAACUCUUCACCCUCUACCACGCCUCCACCGCCGUCGACCUCCGCAGCAGCGCUGCAGCAAGCCACUUCGAUCAUGUGCGGCGCCAGCUCACCCGAGGACUCGCUGCCAUUCACCGUCCUUGUCGUAGACGACAACCCGAUCAACCGCAAGGUGCUCACCAUCCCGCUUCGCAAGCAAAACAUCCACGUCGUCGAGGCCGAAAACGGACUCGAGGCUGUGCACCGAUAUGCGCAGUAUCGACCCGCGCUGGUGCUGAUGGACAUCUCGAUGCCCAUCAUGGACGGCUUUGAGGCGACACGCCAGAUCCGCAUGCACGAGCAGGCGCAGUCUGCCAACCCCCCGGAUGUCGAGACCUCCGGCGCGCUAGGCGAGGUCAUCGAGAUGGUUCUCACCCAUCAACGAGCGAGGAUCGUCGCAGCGACAACGCACAGCGCGGACAGGGACUUUGACGAAGGCAAGCAGGCCGGGAUGGACGACUGGUUGUUGAAGCCCAUCAGGCCGAGUGUGCUCGUGCAGGACAUUCUCGAGUACAGGAGGAAUCAUCUGCAGGAGUUCGCGGCGACUCUCGGCGCCCUCGGGGUCGCAGGGAUGGGCGUCGCCGCAGGGGAAACGGCCAUGGAGAUGGUCAUGGACCAGGCGGGAACGCCGACCAACACCACGGCCCCUGCCACUGCCGCCAGCAUCACGGCCUAA